GUUCAAAGUUUUUGUCGCUAUUUCAACUGGGUUAAGAAGCCCAGUCAAUUAGAUAUGAAUACGAAUUUCCAUAUAUUUAAGGAUAAAAUUAAGCCAAUGUGGGAAGAUCCAGCUAAUGCUAAUGGAGGAAAAUGGGUGAUUUCAAUGAAAAGUCCCCAGUUAUUGGAUCGUUGUUGGAGUUGGCUUGUGUAUGCAUUGGUUGGAGAAGAGUUGGAUGAAAAUGAUGAUAUUUGUGGUGCCGUAAUGUCUCGUAGAGCUCGUGGUGAUAGAAUUGCAGUUUGGGUAAGAGACAAAGAUAAUGUUCCUGUAAUUAAUGGAAUUGGGUAA